AUGGCGACAGAUGACGAAAUUGUUUUACGCCUGGCGCGUGCAUAUACCAGUCUCUUCGCCGGUGAGAUGAGGGGAGAAAAUUCCGCCCGCCAUGUCGAAAGACCAACGAUCGACCACAACUUUGGCAGUGACGAUGGCUCAACCAGCAGCCAUAAUACCAGCCUGCAUGUCCGAGAGGCGCAUAUCCUCCAAGAGCGUAGGAUCGGUAUUCUAGGCGCGAUAUCGCUGAUCGUGAAUAAGAUCGUGGGUGCAGGAAUUUUCUCCACACCCACCUCCAUCUUUAAGCUCGCCGGGAGCCCUGGGCUAUCCCUGGUUCUCUGGGUCAUCGCGGGGAUUAUCUCGACAUGUGGUGCCAUGGUACUGCUGGAGUUUGGUAGCAGGAUUCCGAGGUCUGGGGGUAUGAAGGUCUAUCUGGAACGGUGUUAUUCGCCAAAGCUCUUGAUGACCUGCGUAUACCUUUUCUACUGUGCUAUUCUUCAAACCUCGGCCAGCAAUGCCAUUACGGCUUCAUCCUACAUACUCAAAGCUGCGGCGGUGGAUUCGAUGACUUGGAAGUUGAGGGGAUUGGCUAUCGGGGCCGUAUCAUUUGCUGUGGGUAUUCAUACAGUGGCGCCGCGACUUGGAAGAGGACUGCAGGAUUCCUUGAGUAUUGUGAAGCUGUUAACUCUCUUUUUCAUUGUUUGCACUGGAUUUGCUGCGCUCGGAGGCCAUCUCCGAGUGCCGAAUCCGCACAAUCUUUCGGCAUCCACCUCGUUUCAAGGCACCUCGAACAGUGGAUAUAACAUUGGCACAGCACUUCUCGAUGCAAUCUUUUCUUUUCAAGGCUAUGAUAACCUGAACGCGGUCCUGUCCGAGGUCAAAAAUCCCCAGCGAACGCUGCGGAUUGCUCUUCCCACUGCCAUGGGCUUGGUGACAGUACUGUAUGUCCUCGCGAACAUUGCAUAUUUCGCCGGUGUCUCGCGCGAGGAAUUUCUGAGCUCCGAUCUAACCAUCGCUGCCUCUCUUUUCGACAACGUCUUUGGUCAUUCUGCAGCUGUCAAGGCCCUUCCAGCUCUCGUCGCGAUCUCUGCCAUCGGUCAUCUGCUCAGUGUGGCAUUCACGGUUUCGCGAGUUCUCCAAGAACUAGCCAAGGAUGGCAUCACUCCGUUCCCGGAUAUUGUGAUGCAGAAUCGACCAUUCAAAACACCCAUCUGCGUACUGGCAAUUCAUCUGAUAAUCACGUUCAUCCUCAUCUGCGCUCCGCCGGCAGGCGAUGCCUUCGACUUCGUCGUCGGGCUGGGAACGUAUCCGACCGUGUUCCUCUUGACAUUCGUGACAAUCGGGCUGAUCAAGCUGCGCGUCUCGAAGGACGAAGGUUUCCAAUCGAAGUUCCGAGUCCCCUGGGCGAUUCUGGUCUUCUACCUGGCCAGUAACAUCUUCCUCCUAGUGAUGCCGUUCGUGCCACCCGCCAAUGGAAAAGGAAGCACCAGUUUGCCGUACUAUCUUUCGCCAGUGGUCGCACUGGCGAUCCUGGCCCUUGGAGUCGUGUACUACACACUCCGCUUCGUAGCGCUGCCGUGGGUGUUCGGGUACGAGCUCGAGUCGGUGGCAGUCGGGCUGAGCGAUGGAUCGCAGGUCUCGCGAUACAAAAUCAAGAGAUCGGCGACGUGA